GGCAGCGCUCAAAAGCUACAGUGCGGAUCUCAGAAGUGUACAGGGGGACCAGGGACGACAAGCAGCGACGGUUAUCUCAGACUAGCGGAUGACCCCAGGGCAGAGGUAGACACCACCACUCAAGCCUAAGUCUGCUGCAGCCAUGCUGGACAUAAAGGCCUGGGCCGAGUAUGUGGUGGAGUGGGCCGCCAAGGACCCCUACGGCUUCCUCACCACCGUCAUCUUGGCCCUCACGCCUCUGCUGCUGGCAAGCGCAGUCCUCUCCUGGAAACUGGCCAAGAUGAUUGAAGCCAGGGAGAAGGAGCAGAAGAAGAAACAGAAACGCCAAGAAAAUAUUGCAAGAGCCAAGCGACCGAAGAAGGACUGACAACUUGACCGGGCUCUGAAGCCAGAGGGAAAUCACUGGAAAACCGAAGCCGCUUCGGAAGGCCCUGCUGGGGUUCCUCUGGAUGGGACGCGUUCAAUACAUAAACCAGAUCUGAACGGACAGAAUUCCUGACCUCAGCACCCAGUCAGCUUUCAGGCGUGGGUGUGCGUUGGCAUCUGUCCUCAACUGCUGCAAAUUAGCAUCUGUAUCCAAAUAGAGUAUCCCUAAUCUGAAGUGCUAAAAGACGAAAUAUUCGGAGCAUAGACAUGAAGCUACAAGUGGAAGAUUCUACACCUGACUUCAUGAGAUGUGUUACAGUCAAAACACAGGCAACCUAAAAAUACUGUAUAAAUGGACUUUCUGGCUAGUGCACAGCUUGCGUGAAACAUGAAUGAAUUUCAUGUCCUGGCUUGGAUCGCAUAUAUUAUGGAUAUGUAGACAUUUUCAAAUCCCAAAGAAUUUGCAAUCUGAAACACUUCUGGCCCCAAGCAUCUCGGGUAAGGGAUACUCAAACUGUAUCCCCCGUUUUCUGUAACUGACGCUGUCAUUUGCCAUUUUGUGGUUUAGGCACUAAAAUGAAGCAUCCUGGGAAGUGAAACAUAAGCUUUGAACUCUACUUGCUGCUGUAAAACGGGCCCUGUUCUGCACCCAUGCUAUUAACAAUGAGAAACAGCUCUCUUCUGAGGUGAAAAAUGUGCUUUGGCUUAUAAGAAACAUAGCAGUUAGUCACAUCUUGUAUUACUAUUGCUUAUUUCUUAGAGUAACAUCAUUUCUGGCUUUCUCAAAGCCUCAGAGUACUUGAUUCUCUGCACUGCGUUUUUCUGAUUCCGGUCUUGGAGCCAACUGGUAAUGAACACAUUCUGCAUUUUAUAAAGAUUUCUCAAUAUCUUGACCAUAAAAUACCACCUACUACUAUACAAAUUUUUGUACUUCUGAACACUGCCAUUUUCAUGAGUUGUUGAGAAGAGUAACAGUAUGGUUAAAGCUUAGAGUAAAAUGCAAAUGCUACAGUUUGAAACCAUUUGGGAGGGAGGCCUUUUAAAAUCACGGAAAAUGCAUAUUACUGGAAAAAACUAUGCAUGGAUUUAAAAAUAUUUUUGCACCACAAAUCAAACUUAUCUUUUAAUUCCAAUUUUUUGUCAUGAACUAUCCGAAGCAGUUCCGUAUUCUUGCGCCUAACGAUAGCUGUGAAAUGGUUGAAACGUCUUGUCAGCCAUGAUUGUACAGACUCCAUUUUAACUCAAAUGAUUGUGAAGUGUACUGUACCUUUCAAACAGGUUUGAGAUGAAAAUUAAAAUUUCAUAUUUCUUUUA